AUGUCAGAUCAAGAAGUUUUAGUUUUAAGAGGAACCUUAGAAGGUCACAAUGGUUGGGUCACUUCAUUAGCCACUACUCCAGUUCAUCCAGAUUUAUUAUUAUCAGGAUCAAGAGAUAAAACUUUAAUUAAAUGGAAAUUAACUGGUGGUGAAGAUAAUCAAUAUGGUAUUCCAAAAAAAUCAUUCACUGGUCAUUCCCACAUUGUUCAAGAUGUUACCAUUUCAGCUGAUGGUGCUUAUGCAUUAUCUGCUUCAUGGGAUAAAACUUUAAGAUUAUGGGAUUUAGAAAGUGGUGAAACUACAAGAUUUGUUGGUCAUAAAGGAGAUGUUUUAUCAGUAUCAAUUGCUAAGAAUUCAAGACAAAUUGUUUCUGCUUCAAGAGAUAAAACCGUUAAAGUUUGGAACACUAUUGGUGAAUGUAUGGCUACUUUAACUGGUCAUAAUGAUUGGGUUUCUGCUGUUAGAAUUUCACCAUCAGGUAACAAUUCUUCAGUUAUUUCUGCUUCAUGGGAUAAAACUGUUAAAUCAUGGGAUUUAACUGAUUACUCAACCAAUGCUGAUUUCAUUGGUCACACCGGAUACAUUUCAUGUAUUACUUUAUCACCAGAUGGAUCAUUAUGUGCUUCAGCAGGUAAAGAUGGUGUCAUCAUCUUAUGGGAUUUAAACUCAAACAAAACCUUAUAUACUUUAGAUGCUAAAGCUGAAGUUUCAUCAUUAGCUUUCUCACCAAAUAGAUAUUGGUUAGCUGCUGCAACUACUUCAGGAAUUAAAAUUUUCAAAUUACAAGAAAGAUCAUUAUUAGAUGAAUUAAAACCUGAAUUUGCUAUUGGUUCAAAUGCUAAAGAUCCUGAAGCUAUUUCAUUAGCUUGGUCUGCUGAUGGUCAAAACUUAUUUGCUGGUUAUACUGAUAAUGUUAUUAGAGUCUGGCAAGUUAUGACUCCAUCAUCAUAA